AACUCAGAAUCGACAUUUCCUCAAGAGUAGUGAGAGUUCAUACCCUAAGCUUUCUCCACAAGUACCCAAAAACUCUUAUCAUAUAGUAUCAAAAUUCCAGUAGUAAAUUUGCAGUGGGAAGUCCUGCAAUUACCUGUUUGUCUAAAAAAUGAAGUUUUUUAGUUGGAUGAAAAGCAAAAUGAAUGGCAAGGACAACACCAUCAAGCCGGAGCCAGAACUACCAUCUUAUCAUCUCCGCAAAGAAGAAACUUCUGGUUGCUCCAGCAGCUUGCUGUCGAUCGGCACAUUCGGAAACAAGCUCGAAGACUCAGAUGAGAAGGCCAACGCCGAAGAAAUCUCAGCGCAGGAAUUUGAGGAGGAGUUGAGAUCACUACUAAACGAGCAUGCUUCCACUUCUUCAGAGCAUUUUGAUCUGCCAAUAGACAAAAUGCUGGAGAGUUUUGGAGUGAAGGAAGAAGAAAGGGAAGUUGCAGUCGUCCAAACCACAGGGAAAGAUAUUCCCUCUUGCACUAGAAAAGGGAAAGGCAGCAUGUACACAAAAUCCAUAUCGUUUCUUCUUAGAAAGGCGUUUCUUUGUGGAGGUGGAUCCAUCCUAAGAGAUCCAUUUCUGGAUACAUCAAGAAUGGACAAGAUAAUCAAGGCUGUGAUCCCAAAGAAGAAACAUCCCCUAAGGCAGAAAUACUUGGAGAAAAAUCGGACCACAAACGAGCAAGAACGAGGAGAGGCCAGUAAUGCAAAUAAUUGGGUAAAGACAGACUCGGAAUAUAUUGUUCUAGAUCUAUGAGAGCUAUGAUUCGUGUGUGCAUAUCAGCUGCAAAUUAAAGGUAAUUCAUUUCAUUCCAUGCUUCAAAACUCCUCUUCAGAGUUCUGUUUCUUUAAUUUAUUGUCGUUUACUUUCAAAUUGGAUGUCCAUGAACCGUGAUAAUCAUAACCUCGCUGCCAUUAUUAAGCGGCGUUGGCAGACACUUGUGCUUUUAAUUUUUGGAGUGAAGAACUCAAUCCAUUGGUAAAAAUAAAGGGUAAUUGCGCUUAAAAUGCCCUA